AUGAUGAUACUGAUCAUUCAAAUCGCUCUCGCCUUGUGUGCUUUAGCAGCAAGAACAGAUGCGUCCAUUGCUGUAGGUGUUAACUAUGGAAGACUAGGAGACAACCUGCCACCUCCGGCCGAGGUGGUGAAGAUGUUUCAGAAAAACGGCAUAACUGAGAUGAGGCUAUUCGACCCUGACAUUGCUGUGCUUGAAGCUCUCAGAAACACCCACAUUGGUCUCACUCUCGGCAUCCGAAACGAGGAUUUGCCCGCCAUGGCUGCCAGCAUGGAACCUGUCAACACGUGGUUCAAAACCUACGUAGAACCAUACCUCGACGACGUUGACUUCGCGUACAUAGCUGUCGGAAACGAGCUGGUUCCCGGAGACUUGGCUAACUACGUACUCCCAGUCAUGCAGAAUUUCCAAACGCUACUGGAUGCUCAGAAUUUGAACGGCAUUUCUAUGACAACCUGUGUGGCUACCACUGUCUUGGGAACUUCAUUUCCUCCUUCGCAAUCGGUUUUCUCAGACCAAUCAAGAGAGGUCAUGACAGGGAUUCUAGGGUUUCUUUCAGCUCAAGGAUCGCCUCUUCUGAUCAAUCUCUAUCCAUAUUUUGCAUAUGCGUCUGACCCUAAAAACAUACGCUUGGAUUAUGCUCAGUUAAGUGCUACAGAUAUUGUGGUUCAAGAUGGAAGCUUGGGGUAUUCCAACAUGCUCGAUGCUAUGAUAGAUGCGUUCUUCUGGGCUACGGAGAAAGUGGGAUUUGCUGACGUGGACGUUGUGGUUUCUGAGAGUGGUUGGCCUUCUGAUGGUAACGGGGAGCUCACAACUAUAUCAAUGGCUGCUACUUAUAAUCAGAACUUCGUGAGGCGCAUUGCUUCACUGACAGGAACACCGAAGAGACCAAACAAAUUCAUCGAAGGUUUUGUGUUUGCGAUGUUCAAUGAGAAUCUCAAGCCUCCUGGUGUGGAACAACAUUUCGGACUGUACUAUCCUGACAUGCGACCUGUUUAUCCGGUUUUCCCUCUUUUGCAUUAG